UGGAGUAGCGGCGGGUGGGCUGUUGCCCGCGCUGAGGGGAGCGGUUGGCAUGGAGCAGGCAGGGGCGGCUGCGCAGGGAGAGCGAAGAUGGCUCCAAGAGGACCUAGUGGGCAAAGAAAAGCGGAAAUGCUCGAGUGUAAAACCCUGUUUAAAGGACAAGACUAACUGCCUGAAUCCACCCGCAGAACCAGUCUCUUCUGAACUAGGGCAUGUUGACAGGAACAAGAAGGAUGCUCUCAGAAACACGGCGAAGGUUGUUCAAAGGGCUGGCAAGCUUGGUGCCAAAUCCACACAGCAUGCUGGCCACACUGCUCAGCAGAAGUCUUCAAGUACCUCCCAGAGAGCAGUGGUGGUGCGUCCUGAGCAGCUGAAAAAGAGGACAAAUCUUCCCACGGGGCUUGUGCCAAGAACAAGCCACACUAUACAGGCCAGAGGAAGGCUCCCAACUUCAAACUCUGGUCACCAAAAUCCAGCAAUGAACAAGAAGCCUGCACAGGAGACUGUUAGUGCUGCAGCACCUCAGACUAGUAGUGACCACUCCCCUCCUGGGGCACCUUGCUCCCUAACUGAGGGCCUGCAGGACAGGACAGGCUGCAACAAAGAAAACGUCCAAGCACAAGCCUCUACACAGCCUGUGCUGAACACAGUUUUUCAGUCUGAUGGAAACAAUCUUGGGAACAAGAGACUCUUGGGUCACAGGCAAAGCUCAGCCAGGAUGUCAAGAACCAUCACAGGCCAAAAGGACAGAAUUAAUAGCCGUCAGGCUAAGGAAGAGCCUAUUCAGGAUAAAUUCAGGAAAACUCUGCCAGGCUCAAAAAGCACAUCUCAAAAAACAAGUGUCAAAACUGAGCUGUUGCAGCCCCCUCUGUUACUUACUGCUUCUACUAAUUUGCUACAUAAAAAACCAGGGGCAAACCAGGAAAAAACUAAUCCGGCAAGGCAACCCGUAGGAAAGCCACUCGGCAUGCUUCCAGGGGGAAAUCUUAAGUGCCACAGUAGACCACCCCAAAUGAAAAGAUCUCCUGUAAAACCUGCAGCCUCCAGCAGGCCCCAGGGGACCACAAACCUGAAACCCAGCCUGAAGCCAUGUGGCCCCACGCAAGGGCAAAGGCCCGCGGCUAACAGGGAGGCGGGUAGGAAGGAUGUGAAGGUGGUACCUGUCGGACGCACAGCAUCAUCCCAAGCUACAGUCCCCCAAAACCACCCUCACAGCACACACAGUUCUGAAACUCAAGCAAUUAAGACUGAUUUUACAAGUAGGAGAGAGAAGCUUAAGUCAGAGCUGCCAAAGGCAAGCGGCACACAGACUAGGCGUUUUCCCAAGAUCCCAUCCGCUGCAGAUCGUAAGAAACAGCUGGAGGAGUGGUUGGCAUCCAAAGGCAAGACAUACAAGCGGCCACCUAUGACACUACUCCAGAAGAAGCCACUGAAACUGUCCUGGAGAAAUGACAUGGUGGAAGAGAAGCAAGAGAAACCAGAGCAGCUCUGCCUGGAGGAGACCAGCAACAUAUUAACUGAGUGCCUGAAGCUCAUUGAGGAGGGUGCCAAGACAGAGGACCUCUCUGCAAUGUUGUCCCAAGUGCCCCAGGCAGAGAAAUUCGCCAAGUUCUGGAUUUGCAAAGUGAAACUGCUGGCCCGCGGUGGCCCUUUUGAUGUGAUGGGGUUGUACAGAGCUGCAGUCUGUGCUGGUGCUGUGCCACUCCAGGAGCUCAGAGAAGUUGUCCUUGAUAUUUUGAAGGCUACAGACAAAACAUCAGAGGGGGAAAAGGCUGCUCAGCCUGUUCCUUGGGAGCCAGCAACGCCUUGCCCAAGUGAGAGGCAGCACGUGGUGGUGACUCCCUGCCUGACAGGGAGGUCCAUGACCAGCCUGCCCGUCUCAGUCAAGUUACAAGUUAUGUCUGCAGCCAGGGGAAAGGAGUUGGUAGAGGGCCCGGAGCUGAAAUUCCUGACACCGGUGCGGCGCUCACUGCGGAUAGAGCGCUUUGGGAGCUGCUAUCCAGAGAUGCUGAAGGACCAUGACCCUGUGGUGUCAUCCCUCAGUGAAAUCCUGAAUGUUGAAGAGCAGACUCAGUUCUUUUUCCGGAAAAAUAAGGCUUUGCCAGAGGUGGUGGAGCUGGAGGGGUUGAGUGUGUAUCCCCCAGAGGACAACUGAAGGAUUCCUGGUGGGGCCUGGGCUGCUUGCUUCCCCCAUGCUGCCUUGCAUGCACUUCCCCGACUUCUCUUGUUGCCUCCCAAAUGUGAAUGUGAAGGGGUGGCCUAUUCCAAUAAACCUAUUGCAAAUAUCUAAGUACUGUUUAAGAAGUAUAAACGCUUGCACCCAGAUGUAGCAGGCAAGGUGUGGGGUUGGAGACGUGGGCUGUUCCCCUGGGCCCGCCCUUGGCUCCUCUGCUGUGACAUGAGGCCCCGAUUUUCCUGCUGUAGGAUGCUCUCGG